UGCUGAGAACAAUUUUGAAACUCGCGGGUGUUAGCAAUUGUAGCGCUACGCAGGUGGUUAUGUGAACUUCUAGCUUCUUUGACUGAAUGGUCUGCUAUACUCUCUGGGUCUGCUGUGCUGCACCGACUGCUCAGUACGUCAAAUCUGUUUUAACAUUGAGUGAACCUGGUCAAAUUUGCACUACUGCUCGGAAAUCGUCAUGUUUAAUGUUAUAUAAAAGAGUCUGUUCUUGCUGGGGCCUAGCCUACUUGUGGUAUUACAUUGAAAUUACAAUUAUAUCAGUGUGAAACAUGACAUGAAACCGCAUGAAACGAACUCUUUCCACGAGGUACAUGUAAAACUGCCGGUAAAACAAUUAGAGCAGUUCGAUAUUUCACAAAAGAGGAAAAUGAAGGAAGAAAGCUUGAGAAAUAAGCGCCCAAUGUCGGAUGAAGAGAGACAGCAGCUAGCCGAACAACUGGAUAAAGAAUUAGAUGAUUACAUUAAUAGUCUACCAAAGACUUCACAUGCUUUUUUAUGCCCGAAGGAAAUGGAAAAACAUCCAUUUUUUAUGACAAAAUCUCCCUCUGAAGAUGCUGAAUUACCACCGUUGCUGGAAGGCAUUCAACAACUAAAAUAUGAUGAAGAGGAGAACACUCCUGAAGAGACCAAUAUUUGUUGUAGGUCUUGCUUGAGAGAUUGUCAGGAAGCAUUGAAAUUGAAGAAACCCUAUGUGAAGGCUCAGACUCGUUUAGCACAGUGUUUUUUGUUUCUUCAUUUACAUGACGAUUGCAUUCAGGCAUGUGAUGAUAUUCUUAUGGAUUCUCCUUCUGAUAAAGAAAUAUUGGAUCUUCGUAAUAAGGCAGUGAAUUCAAAAAAAGUACAAGAGAGAGAGAAGAGAAAACUGGCUGCUGCUCAGCGCAAAGAUGAAGUCAAUGAGAAAGCGCUACUGAAAGCUUUGCAAGAGAGGAACAUACAGAUUUAUAAGAAAGGGACAGAAAAAUGGAGUCUAAAAGACUUAGAACCUCAGAGCCCAGAGGCAAUACAUUCUAAAGUACAUCUGGAAAAUAAUCGCCUUGUUUGGCCUGUAAUUUUUCUUUAUCCAGAAUACCAAACAACAGACUUUAUUCAGGAGUUUUCUGAAGACAGCACCUUUGAAGAUCAGUUGAAUGUCAUGUUCGAGGUCUGUCCAGAAUGGGAUGUUGAAGAGAAAUAUAAACCACCUCAUUUACAAGUAUACUUUGAGAAUCAGAAUACAGGUCGAUUGUGUUCUGUGCCAUCGAAGAGUACACUUUUACAAGCUCUCUCUGAUAAAAGGUAUUUUGUUAUUGGUGGAACUCCAUCAUUCAUCAUAUUUGUGACAGGAAGCGACACUGAAAAAAAGUAUGUAAAUAGUUAAUAUAUAGCAUUCACUUCAUGAAGACAGUAAUUCUGCAGAAAGGUUAUCUGUGUAGCUGUGGUAAAGUCUGUAUGUAAAGGAGGACUAUCUUGUAGUACAAGAGAUGCAAUUCUACAGCAGUCUCUUUAUAAGAAGUGUUAUAAUAUAAAAGAUAUUAUCCUGAAAAGUUCUUCAAAGUUGUUGCAUUUGUUUCUUGGAAGGUAUCAUCUGAGUUCUUAUUAUCAUUGCAGUCCUAUUUUGUCAUAUACGAGAAAUAAUCUGAAUAUUGCAAUUUCGUAGGUUAGCAAUUCUCAACCAAUGUUAUACAGAAAGUUCAUGAAUGAAAUUAAAGAUAUUUUCUUUGGAAUCUCUAUUCCUAAUAACACAGACCUUUUUUUAAAAAAAAUGUUAUCUUUUCAACACAGUAACACCAGUGUGAAAGGAAGUCUCAGUUUUUGAGCUAUGUGCUUUGCCAAGUCUAUUACUGUGCAACCAACGCAUGGCUAGCAAAAAUUAGUUUAUUUUAUCCUACACCUAUCGAAAUCUACUUUGCAAACUCGCUUGUUAUAUGUUUUAACAGAAUGUUCUUCUGCCGCUCUGAAAGAGGUAGUUCACGCUCUUCAAGAUCUUUCAGUAGUUUAACAAAGUGUUUGUGUAUGCAUGCGAUAUAACUGCAUGGGUUCUCUGCAGAGGCUUGGUUAAUGAUUCGAUUGAACUGUUGCAGAGGAAAUGGAACGUGUCAGAUAUGUAAUGUACGAGACUUAGAAACGGUGUAGCUAUAAGGAUAGUGAUAGAUGUGGGAAACUGAAUUGUCAGAGAAUUUCCUAUUUUCUAGAAAGGUUAGAGAAUUUUUGUUUCCGUGGAAAAAUUAUUGAGGUUUGGAAAAUAGGAAAUUGUGAUUAUUUAAAUGGUGGAAGGAAAAGGGCAUGUUUUAAAAAAUGUUGUUCUGAGAAUAUCUCUUUUAGAGUCUGUCAAAUUAUUUGUGAGCUGCAAUAGUGGCACAACUCAAAAUCUCAGGUGUUGAGAUAAAGGUUUCACCAUGUAUUGAAAUGCAUCAUUCUUGCAUUCACACAUCUGCCAUUUGUUGAGAGAAUCCUAUACUGUAAGAUAUGCCUUCGUUGUUGCUAGAAGGUAGACAAUUCAGCAAUUCUAGACAGUGCAUUACCCCAAAAUUGGUAUUUUUUUGAGAUGUGCCUCUUUUGCAGACCACAAGCGAAAUGAUUUAAAGUUGGAUUCAUGUAAAAAGUAGCUUAAAAGAAAAGAGCAUUGUUCAGUAUUGUUCUGAAGCGUACUAAUGGAAACGCCCAUUAAUGAGUCCUUCACUCACAGUGGGUUAUUCACAGGGACCACUGUCUGGCAUGUAUUGUUUCUCUGUAAGGAAUUUCUAUUUAAAAUAAGAGGUGGCCAACCACAGAAGAACAGACUUCACUUUGUUCUUUAGCAUCUCAACAAGUCUUCCCGUGGUAGUGUUUUUUAUUGAACUUGUCUUAAGAAAUUUAUACAAUUCUUCACUUUUCUGUGUAUUUGAAUGUAAUUGAAAAUGUCCUGCAAUAAUGCAAUUUGCAUGCAGUUGAUGUAAUUCACUGAGCUUAUCAAGGUUCAUCGCAUGAGUCAGUGGUCAUCUUUCAAAAUUUUAUAAAAAAUGCAAUUGGGUAUCACUAACAAAUAGACAGCUCUCAAUUACUGGAAUUCUGUUCAUCAGACCUUGGUGUUUGAAAAUUAAAUAUUUUUAUAUAUAGCAGUUAACAAACAAAGCAAAGUAUAAUGGAACGACAAUAAUUAGUCAACAAAAAAAGCUCUAAAAAUGAUACUUUCUGAUAAAGAUCCAGUCUACUAGUUUCUGUCAAUGUUCAUCUAGCCUAUAUUUUUUAUUACCAACCUGAAAAUGGUUGUUUUUUUUUCAAAAAUGUUCUUGUGGGCACAAUUAUCAUUGUUGGUACUGUGUGGCAAUUUAAGUAUUUCAGUUCACAGCAACAUUCAAUUUGUUACUAAAAGUUGAACAAUUAGGUAUAUAGUUUUAUAGCUACAUAUACAUUCAUAACCAUGAAUAUGAUUGCACUCUUCUCAUCAAAGCUUUUCAACACAAAUUUAUAGCCAAUAGAAUCUACUUACGAUAAUUUUGAAAGAUUCUUUCUGAGAUACAAAUGCAGAAAUUAAGCCAUACUUUUUUAUUUGCACCUACCACCUUACUAAUAAACCCUGAGUAAAAUUUACAUCUGGUGUUAGUCAGGAGUUGGCAAAACACGGAGAGCGGUGCAUAAAUUGGGAGUAAGGCAGGCCCAGUUUCCAUGGCAACCGCUGUACCCAGUUGACCGUUAGUUAAACCUCGGAGGAAAAGUGAAGUAGCACAAGGCCGUGGCAAUACACACGCAAGGAGGUUAGAAUAUAUAGAGAUGACGUCCUCAGAAAGUGAGCCUUUUGAUGAGAGCACUGCGGUCGGGCCGCUUUGAUCUUGCUUACGGCUUUACUGCCAGUGUGAAAUAUUGUUUUCGGUAUUCAAUUGUAUUCUUGAGAAUAAACGUUUGAUAUUAACAUUUAAAUUGUUUUUCUUUAAAAAACAGAAUAAUCAAAAUUGGAACAUUUUUCUCAAAUACGAGACUUUUUUAAUGCAUUUUAUCUGUCUUUUCAUGAAGGCCCUAAUUUAGAAUAAAUCUGAUUCUGUUCCAGUCAAUGGGAGAAUACCUACUCCCGCAACAUAAUGAAACGGCAAUGUUUUCAACAAGUUUUUAGAGAGUCCUGUUGAUUCAUAAUUAGCAUACUAUAUUUUGGCGGUAUUCAUCUCUUUCAGCAGUGGUCUAAGAAUUUUGUAGCAUACCCCUGAGUUUUUACUAUAGAGGCAGUAGGUGAUUUAGCAUUGAGCUAAAUAAGCUACAUCUUGGGGCCUCAGAGCCCAAUAAGCCUAACAUAUUAUAAAAACAAAAUUGCAAAUUUGCUAAAAAAAAUUCUGAAAAAAUACAGAUUUAUAAUUAGUUUCAGUACAUAAAUAAAUUUGAUAAACACACUAUUGGAGUUGAAACAGGCAUAUUCAUUAUCAUAUAUUUUGGUGUGAACUCGUCCAGUAGAUGACAAAAUCCAUCAUGCCACAAUCAGUUACAGCAGCUGACUCAAACCGUAUCUUUUAAUAUACCCAACUUUGGCUUAUUAAAGUACAAAGAGUUCAAAAACAAGUGUCGAGCUACUACAGGACAAGAAAAACUCAAUUCACUAGCAAUGAUAUUCUGUGAAAAUUAUAAUCUCUGAGGUUUCUUUCAAGAAUACUUGCUGGUGGGUUUGUUUGUGACUGUAUCACUGCAACCAUAGAACAGUUUUCAUGGCAACCGCAUUCUCAGCCAAGAAUAAAAUUUCUUCUCAGAAAAAUCCUUAAUAUUUCUCUUCAAAAAAUUAUAUUUAGAUUCACUCAAGCAUUUCAUUUCCAUUUUUUUCAGAAAUUUUCAAAAGACAAGAAACUUCCAAAAUUAGUACUCAUUUCAAAUGUGGAACACAAACAAAUGUUCUUUCAUGUUUUCGAUUUCAUGUGACUUGUUCGUUUCACCUGCUUUCUUGCAUGUCAAACUAUUGAGAAUACGUUGCCAAAUGACAGUUGAAUAAUGUACUCAUAAUUUUCCUUUAUUUCAUUAGAUUCAUUCAAAAUAUUUUUUUGCCAAAUAUGGAUUGCAGAGUAAAGCCCUCAUAGUUACUCUGUGAUUAUUGGUACAAAAUUAACCUUCGCUUACUCUGGGCUUACGCUGAGAGAAGUUAUUUCUGGAGUAAACAUGUUACUCCCUCCUUACAUCAGACCUUUGAUAGUAAGCCAGAUAAGGUAUAGUGCAUUUGAUUUCACUAAGAAAAGACAUUUGUAUAAAAUGUGUGCAGAUAUGUACUUUCAUUUUAUAUAAAUAAAAUAUAAAGAUAAAUAUUGGUGAUUAUGUUAACAUUGUAAAAUAAUGUUGAUCACAAUAUUUCUGUUCAAGUACUUUUGACUUCCUCAUGUGCUGCAUAGUUUAGAAAAAAAUACAUUCAUGAAAUGAAUGCAUGCUGCAUGGAAAGUGUCAAGUGUCUAAUGCUGCACGAAAACUUCGUUUUGUGGGUGGUUGUCUGAUUUCAAAAACUAGGA